AUGAAAAUGGGCGCCGUGUCCGUGGCUUCGUUACUUUUGGUCGCGGUGGCGCUGAUCGGUACCAGCGCAGCCAAGUAUGAACCCAACUGGAAGUCCAUUGACUCCAGACCGCUACCAGAGUGGUACGAUCAGGCCAAGUUCGGCAUCUUCAUCCACUGGGGAGUGUUUUCUGUGCCGGCUUUUGGCAGCGAGUGGUUCUGGUGGUACUGGCAGAAGCAGCAGCAAAAGCCGUACGUCGACUUUAUGAAGAAGAAUUACCCUCCAGACUUCCAGUAUCAAGACUUUGCUCAGCAGUUCACCGCAGAGUUCUUUGACGCCAAAAGGUGGACGGACAUCUUUGCAGCAUCAGGGGCAAAGUACAUCGUCCUGACGACCAAACACCAUGAAGGUUUCACACUCUGGGGCUCGAAAAACUCCUGGAACUGGAACGCUGUGGACGUUGGACCAAAACGGGACCUGGUGGGUGAAAUGGUGACUGCUCUACGAGCCAACAGCGACCUGCACGUUGGGCUGUACCACUCUCUCUUUGAGUGGUUUAACCCACUCUUUCAACAGGACGCUGCCAACGUCUUCACUACCGACUACUUUCCCACCACUAAAACGCUUCCCGAGCUUUAUGAUCUGGUUAUGACGUACAAACCAGAGGUGCUGUGGUCUGACGGCGACGGAGACGCUCCUGACAAGUACUGGAACAGCACUGGAUUCUUGGCCUGGCUCUAUAACGAAAGCCCAGUGCGAGACACGGUGGUGACCAAUGAUCGGUGGGGUUACGGCUCCAUCUGCACCCACGGUGGAUACUACACCUGCUCCGAUCGCUACCAGCCGGGACACCUGCUCAAACACAAAUGGGAAAACUGCAUGACCAUCGACACAAAGUCCUGGGGUUACAGACGUAACGCUCCUCUCCAUGACUACCUCACCAUCGAGCAGCUUGUAGCGACACUGGUGGAGACGGUGUCCUGCGGAGGAAACCUGCUGAUGAACGUCGGCGCCACGCACGACGGAAGGAUCGGCCCGAUCUUCGAGGAACGCCUGAUGCAGAUGGGCCAGUGGCUGAAGGUGAACGGGGAGGCCAUCUACAACACGACAGCGUGGCGGGCUCAGAACGACAGCACCACCCCAAACGUCUGGUACACCGCCAAACCACAGGAAAAGUCCGUCUUUGCCAUUUUACUCAAAUGGCCAGAUACUGGAGCAGUGAUGCUGACUGAACCAGCUACACAAGGACUGACCAGGGUGGAUCUCCUCGGUUACGGACCCCUGAAGUGGGAGCCCCUAAAAUCCAGUGGGCUGCGAGUCCUCCUGCCCCAGCUGUCCUUCAACCAGGUGCCGUGCCAGUGGGCCUGGACGCUGAGGCUGAGCGGCGCCACUUAAACCAACGCCACAACGCUCAGGGAGAGGAACAGGAUAGGGACCUAUAUAUAUGCUGAAAUCACUGAACUAAUUGUCCUCAAAUAGAUAAAAAUCUAAGGAUUGAAAAGGGGCAAUUACACAUUUUCUGUAUCUUGUACUGUUUGUAUAAAAACUGACUUGUUACUGAGUGAAAAUGUUGUAAUUCUAAAUGCUGUGCAAACCUCACUGUGGCGUUAAUGCACUAUUUACGAUUAAUGCCAAAACAUUACGACACAUGUUUGAUCAUUUUUACAGACGGAUGCACUUUCCUGAUUUUUGAUUGAACUGAUCAGUUGUUGAUUACGUGUGUGAAUCUUUAAAUAAAGCGUUGACUAAAGCACA